AGGUAAACCGACAAAAAGUCGUAUGUAGCCCUGGUCUGAAAUGUAUUUAUCAGUUUUCCUAACUCGGGCCACACUGCAGUCGACAUAACUUUUAAAAACAUAGCGGAGCAGCAGCAACCUCAAAAAUGUACCGAAUUAUGCGUGUGCCAUCGAUUUUGGCCAAAAAUGCAGUCACGUCAAUGCAGCGUGUGGCAACAGUUGCUGUCGCGUCGCCGCAUCAGCGCAGCUAUCACAUAACACCGGGGCAGCAGCAGGCGAAAUCAGCGAAUCCGGAUGCCAUUUCCAAGCAAUAUCCGAUUGUGGAUCAUGCCUACGAUGCAAUUGUUGUAGGUGCCGGUGGAUCUGGACUGCGUGCAGCCUUCGGCCUGGUCGCUGAAGGUUUUCGCACGGCUGUCAUCACGAAACUGUUUCCCACACGCUCGCACACGAUUGCCGCCCAGGGCGGCAUUAACGCGGCGCUAGGCAACAUGGAGCAAGAUGACUGGAAAUGGCACAUGUAUGAUACGAUCAAGGGCAGCGAUUGGCUUGGCGAUCAGGAUGCCAUACACUAUAUGACACGCGAGGCACCCAAAGCUGUCAUCGAGCUGGAGAACUAUGGCAUGCCCUUCUCGCGCACCCAGGACGGCAAGAUCUAUCAGCGCGCCUUUGGCGGCCAGAGUCUGAAGUUUGGCAAGGGUGGUCAGGCGCACAGAUGUUGUGCCGUUGCGGAUCGUACGGGUCACUCCCUGCUCCAUACACUUUACGGACAGUCGUUGAGCUACGAUUGCCAUUACUUUGUCGAGUACUUUGCGCUGGACUUGAUCUUUGAGGAUGGCGAGUGUCGUGGUGUGCUGGCCAUCAAUCUGGAGGAUGGCAGUCUGCAUCGUUUCCGUGCCCAGAAUACGGUUGUGGCUACAGGCGGCUAUGGACGCGCCUUCUUUUCGUGCACAUCAGCGCAUACAUGCACUGGUGAUGGCACCGCUUUGGUGGCACGCCAGGGUCUGCCCUCACAGGAUCUGGAGUUUGUGCAGUUCCAUCCCACAGGCAUCUAUGGCGCCGGCUGUCUUAUAACCGAGGGUUGCCGCGGCGAGGGUGGUUAUCUAAUCAAUUCCAAAGGCGAACGUUUCAUGGAGCGCUAUGCGCCCGUCGCCAAGGAUCUGGCCUCGCGUGAUGUUGUCUCCCGAUCCAUUACCAUUGAGGUAAUGGAGGGCCGCGGCGUGGGACCCGAAAAGGAUCACGUAUACCUGCAACUGCACCAUUUGCCGCCCAAACAGUUGGCCGAAAGGCUGCCUGGCAUCUCCGAGACGGCCAUGAUCUUUGCCGGCGUCGAUGUCACACGCGAACCCAUCCCCGUGCUGCCCACUGUGCACUACAAUAUGGGCGGCAUUCCAACCAAUUAUCGUGGCCAGGUGUUGACCAUCGAUAAAGAUGGCAACGAUAAGAUUGUGCCCGGCCUCUAUGCUGCAGGUGAAGCGGCCUGUAGUUCGGUUCAUGGUGCCAACCGGCUGGGUGCCAACUCUCUGCUAGAUCUUGUGGUCUUUGGACGUGCCUGCGCCAAAACCAUUGCCGAGGAGAACAAACCAGGUGCACCGGCGCCCACGGUUAAGGAUAAUGCUGGCGAGUUCUCAGUGGCCAAUUUAGAUAAGCUGCGCCAUGCAAAUGGUAAUAUCACCACCGCCGAUCUGCGUCUUAAGAUGCAGCGAUGCAUGCAGAAUCAUGCGGCUGUAUUCCGUGAUGGUCCCAUACUGCAAAAGGGUGUGCGCGAAAUGAAGGAGAUCUACAAGCUAUUCAAGGACGUCAAGGUUAUCGACAAAUCGCUUGUGUGGAACUCGGAUCUGAUUGAAACACUGGAGCUGCAGAAUCUGCUGGCCAAUGCACAGAUGACCAUUGUGGGCGCCGAGGCGCGCAAGGAAUCACGUGGCGCACACGCACGCGAAGAUUUUAAAGUGCGCCUCGAUGAAUACGACUACAGCAAGCCCCUGGAAAACCAGGAGAAGAAGCCCAUCGAGCAACAUUGGCGCAAGCACACGCUCGCCUGGGUGUGCUCCGAAGAAGGCGAUAUCGAUCUUAAAUACAGACCAGUCAUCGAUCACACGCUGGACAACGAGGUGGAGACAGUGCCACCAGCAAUUCGCUCCUACUAGAUGAAGACCUCUCAUAUUCACACACACACACACACACACACGAACAGAAACUAUACACAAACACUCGCAUGUUUACUUAACAGUGAGCUGGCGUACAGUGUUGUUGGUGCGAAAAUUCGCGAGUCGCAAUUUUCUAUAAAUUUUAUGCUGCUGCUUUCUGCCGUAUUUUGCAGAGAUUUGUUUAAAACCCAUAUUAUCAAAAUUCUUUAGCAUUGUUCUGUAAUUUGAUAUGUCUUAUAUUGAAAAGCUUCUCUCUUUUGUACGCUCUACCAAUGCUCUUUACAAUAACAGGAAAUAUUUUUGUUUGUUUCUUAAA